AUGCCAGCUCCAUACAAACCAGGUUCCGAGAAAAAAGGUGCUACCUUGUUCAAGGUUAGAUGUGCGCUAUGUCAUACAACCGAGGCUAACGGACCACACAAAGUUGGUCCAAACUUACACGGUGUGUUCGGUAGAUCAUCCGGUCAAGCUGCUGGUUACUCUUACACUGAUGCUAACAUCAAGAAGAACGUCACAUGGACUGAACAAACUAUGUCCGACUAUUUGGAAAACCCAAAGAAAUAUAUUCCAGGUACUAAGAUGGCCUUCGGUGGUCUAAAGAAGGAAAAGGACAGAAAUGACUUGAUCACUUAUAUGGUUAAGGCUUGUAAAUAA